GCUGAGCAGCCUCGGCCCAUCUGGGAGGGGAGCUCUCCUCCUGCCCCCCUGGGCAGGUGUGGCCCGGCCUGCAGCUUCUGUGUACAAGGCCCGUUUUCCCCAAAGCCCACCACUCUGGGAGGCCCCUGGAGGUCUUGGUGUGGGGGAUGUAACUCAUAGCGGCAGAUGGAGGUAGAAAUUUCUUCUAGGGUGGCGGGGAGCACAGGAAGAGGAUGCUGAGAGAAAAUGGGAUAUAGGGCAAGAAGAUCUCCUCCACCUCUGUCCUUGGCUGACCCAGAGUUUAGAGUCUCUUCCUGUCCCCUCCCCUCAAAACCACGAGGCCCCUGAAGAUUUCCUCAGAGGGAGGGAGGAGCAGGUGGGGAGGUGCUUUGAAGCCUGAGACCCUGCUUUUCUGCCUUCCCCACCCUCCCACCCAAAGCCACAACAAAGACCCAUGAAUCCUGCCACCCAGCCACAAAGCGUCUCCUUCCUCUGCUGUGCCUGCUGUCCCCUGUGGUCUGGUAGGGCCUUGGUGAGGAUGACAGCCCAGGGCAGGGAGCUCACAUGGCAGCCCAGAGCAGGACUCUUCCUGGAGGUGGAGACCUGUCCCACACCCCAGCCUCCUGGGGUGUCUGCAAGGUGCCCCAGGGGACACGCUGUGCCUGGCGUGUGCCAGGGCUGGCAGGGAGGGGCUCCGUCCUCUGCUGAGUUCCAGGAAAGGCCCUGGCAGUCAGCACAGGCCUGGGCUCCAGGGCCUUUGAGGGUGGGGCUGGGGGAGGGACCCCAGGCAGCUGAAGUGCCUCACCUGGGCCUCAUGCCCCUGGGCCAUCUGAUGGCAUCUCUGGCAUCCUCUGAGGAAAUGGAUGCCAAUGCAGGCCUGGGCCAUGGACCCCCUUCCCACACAUAGAGUCAUAUUUCCCACAUGUGUGCUCGCCCAGCCAAAGCUCACAGAAUCUCCCAGCCAGGAGGUACCUCGAUGUUGUCAACUCCAAUCUUCUACUUGGUAUAUGAAAUCAGUCCAGGUUAUCCCAGGCCAGUGAUGGUUCUGGAGCUGUUUGCACACCUGUAGUGACAGGGACACUCUCAAAAGACAGCCCACUGCCCUUCUCCAAGUCCAGUCACCUACAGGACACUUGCCCUCACAUGGCCUGGAAGUGACUGAACUCAUCCUCCUGUCCCUCACACCAGCUCUUCCCGUUACCCACUGUGGGCUCUCCCAUCCCCCAGACUCACCACUAAGGUGGGUUAAUUUUUAACUAUUUUCUCUCCUUCCCCAUCCUGUAUCUGAUCCACUACCAAAUUCUUCCCUUUGUUGCUUUUAUUACAAGAUGUAUCGUUCCUUAUUUUUCACAUUCACCGCUUCCUCUCUAUCCCCAUAGAUUCCACCUUUGGCCCAAAUUCCCACAGCCUCUGUCACACACACUGUCCUUUCUGACCUAGGAUUUUCCUUUCUCCUACUGGAAUAAUCUUUCUAAAACGCUGUUUAGUGUGUAUGUUUUCAGCUUCAGAUUCCUCAAACGCUGGGCAUACCAGCUGUUAACCUGUGUGUUCCAUAAGAAGGGACCCAGAUUAAUUCAUGGUGCGCCCAGACCACAGAGUCCAGCCCUGAGCCUGUUACAUAGCAGAAGGGCAGCAAAUGACCUAUCCACUUGGUUGUGCUGACUUGGUGACCCCAUUACCCUGGAGUCUGUUGGUUCCUCAUGCUCGCUCAGGCCCUUUUGUUUUGAAAAGUCCCUGAUUUUUAUUUACCAAAUCUUCAGAGAGGGGUGGGGAAGGGAGAGGCUGACAUCCAUGUUAGCAUCAGGGAGUUUGUGCGAGGUGCCAACUGCAAAGACCUUGAGUGCACAGUGAAAUGAAUGAGUGCAGCUGCCUGCUGGGAUCCUCUGCUUUGAUGUUGCAGAUGCCGAGAGAGCUGCCCUCAAGAGCUUUUGGCCAGACAGGUAAUUACUACCCACUACAGGGGGAACUACAGUUGCUGGAAGGUGAGUUUGCCUCAAGACUGCAAAACUUUACAAAGUGCUCCCCUUGAUGGAAGGGGGCCCUGCCUGCAGAAACACCCAGAUGCCCAGCAGUCAAUCCAUGGUGAAGAAAUCAAAGAUGAGAGGCCAGGGAGUGAGGGAACAGGGUUGCCAGUUGGGCACACCCGACGCCCCUCCCAGAAACUUCCCAAGGAACAAGCCCAGAAAUUGGGCCUCUGCUGCCCUCUAAUGGAGGAAAGCCAGACUCUAGAGCUGCCUACCGGGGCCCAGCCGUCCUGGCUCUCCUAAAGAAAAGGGGACGUGAAGGACCUUCCUGCCCCCAGAAUUUUUAUUCCCCUAGAGUCUCGAGCUUCAUUUCCUACAGCCUCAGAAGCUGAAACUUCUCUCCUUCCAAGCGCCCCUGGCCAUCUUGUUUCCCGAUCACCAUCCUCCAUCCUGUUUCCCCAGUUUCCUUUGUUGCCCAGGUUCUGAUUCUGGUACCCUGGUUCUCGGCCCUACCAGAGUUCUGGUUCCAGAAGGCCCUUGCCAGGUGCCUUGGGCCUAGCUCCCACCUGGGAGCAAGGCAGCGCUGAAGACAUGGGCAUGAGCGUCCCCCAGUGCCUGGGGCAACUGCACAUCCGCAAGGGUGUAGUGGGCUUGGCCACAGGUGCUGGGUUCAUCUACCUGCUCUACAAGGCCAUCAAGGCUGGCAUAAAAUGCCAACCGCCCCUCUGCACCACCUCACCAAUCUGCAUCGCCCGCCUGGCAAUCGAGCGAGAGCGGCACGGGCGGGACUCAGGUGAGCUCCGGAGGCUCCUCAACUCUCUGGAGUGCAAACAGGAUGAGUACGCCAAGAGCAUGAUCCUGCACAGUAUCACGCGCUGUGUGUACUUGCUGGAGGCCGAGGCCUCUGCUUGUACUACUGAUGACAUCGCAUUGGUGGGCUCCAUGCUGGAUGACAAGGACAACAGUGUCAAAAUCCAAGCUCUGAACACACUUAAAGCUUUCUCUGGCAUCAGAAAAUUCAGGCGUAAAGUCCAGGAACACUCCAUCAAGGUUCUGGAACUGAUCGCCAGCAUCUGGGAUUCGGAGCUGCACAUUGCAGGCCUCAGACUCCUCAACAACCUCCCACUGCCUGACUAUGUGCAUCCACAGCUGAGACGGGUGAUGCCUGCCUUGAUGGAGAUCCUGCAGUCGGACUAUAUCCUGGCACAGGUGCAAGCCAUUCGAUUGCUGAGCUACCUGGCACAGAAGAACGACCUUCUCUAUGAUAUUCUCAACUGCCAGGUGCAUGCCAACUUCCUGAACCUGUUUCAGUCCACACAGCCAGGGAGUCUGCUGUUUGAGGUCCUGGUGUUUGCCGAGCGGCUAAGUGAGGGCCGGAAUUCACCCCACUACCGUGCCGUGAAGUGGCAUUACAACGAACAGUCGCUGCACGAAGCUCUUUUUGGGGAUGAGUCACGACUGGCAGACCGGCUGCUCGCUCUGGUCAUCCACCCUGAGGAGGAGGUUCAGAUCCAGGCCUGCAAGGUCAUAGUCAGCCUGCAGUGCUCCCAGGAUGUGGGAGUCCGGCCCUCCGUCUGCCAGCCCAGCCGUUCCUACUUUAAUAGCGGGGAAUAAAAUUAAGGAGAGCCAAUAAAUGACUAUGGGAGAAAAG